GUGCGGCCAAAUUGAUGUGCGGGACCUCCUUGCCAGCUGCGAGGUUGACAUCUCCCUGCUCCAGAGGCAUGCUGCCCACGAUGCGGCAAUUUCCGAGAAGCUGGCCGAGUUCCUGCAAGAGCGCGCUGAGCAGAGUGCGAACAGCCUGGAGGAAGAACUCGAGCGGGACGGUGACAUUCUGUCCUGCUGGCAACUGCUGGGCUGCGGGGUUGGCAUAACAAGCCAAGACCAGCAGAAAUCUACGGACGGAUACCGGCCGGAGGAGCGAGGUGCUGUGCUUCUCGCUGCGGAGAAGCUGAUACCGGCCCUUGUGGAGGACAAUACUGUGUUGGAGGGCAACUUGCGUGACUACCAACUCGCCUUGGGCAGCGCUGUGAAAGAGCUGUACCGCGUUCGCGGCGAGGUGGCAGAGUGCCACUCUCUGCUACAAGAGGCAUCCUCCUACAAGCUGCUGCUUCGGCAGGAGCACCAGGCCCAGCAGCAACUGCUGGAGGAGCAGCUCCGGUUGGAUGAGAGGCACGACCAACUCCUCUCUUUGCUCCAAGCGGCCUCCAGCGCGGAGGCCUCCGCAGUCUUGUGCAAAGGGCGCAUCGGUUUUGCUUGUGGCUACCACCCACAUCUCGCGAGGGAGAUCAGGCAGGUUGUGGCGAGGUUCCGUGAGCCGCGAGCCCCGCGAGCCUCCCUUAUCUCCAAGUACUUUCAGCCCGGACCUGUCCAGGAGCUGAUGAAUGACUACAGCUAUCGCGACAUCCCGAGUGUGGAUGGCAUACCACCAGGGAUGAAUGACUCCCAGUACGACUUCAGCCAGGCUGGUUACACUGCCGCCGGCAAAGCAGGAGGUGGCAAGGUGUUCGACCCUCUAAAUCAGGGGGACAAGGGCACAGCCAAACCGCUGGAAAAGAAGCUGGACCACUGGAAGGAGCCCUGCAGGCGCGAAGCAUUAGAGAAAGGAAAAGAGGCCGGCAAAAAGGCCAGCGGGGAUCCGGCGGUGGACCUCACCUAUGCCGUUUGCCUGAACCUGGCCAUCCAGCACCAGGCGAACGACAACGACAACGAGGCGCUGACGAUCUAUACACAGAUCGUCAAGAACAAGCAGUAUCCUUUCAGCGGCCGAUUCCGAGUGAACAUGGGCAACAUCUACUUCAAGCAGGAGAAGUGGACAGCUGCAAUCAAGAUGUACCGGAUGGCUCUAGACCAAAUCCCGAACAACGUACAGGCCAUUCGCUUCAAGAUCAUGCGAAACAUUGGCCAUGCCUUUUUCAAGAUGCACCAGUUUCCGGACGCCAUCGACUCGUAUGAGAACCUGCUGAUGCACGGUGCACAGCACCUGGAUUUCAUGACAGGUUUCAACUUGAUCCUUUGCUACUACGCGUUAGGCGACAAGGACAAGAUGAAGAGUGGCUUUCUCAAACUGUUGAACAUCGAGCAAGUCGGCUUGGAAGACUUCGACGAGGAGGAGGAAAUCGAGCUGGGUCAGACUGAGCAGCAGAAGCAGGAGAGCGCCACGCGGAACCUCACCGAGGGUGACGAUGCUCUCCGCGAGGACAUCAAGCGGCGGCAGCGGGAAGCAGCCCGCUUCAUCGUCAACGCUGCCAAUCUCAUCGCUCCGGUCAUUGAAAAAUCGGAGGUGGCAGGGUUCGACUGGGUGAUCGAUUCGCUGAACCACCACGGCUUCCCCCGGAUCGGCUCGGAGCUGGAAAUCGCGAAAUCUUGCUUCUUCCUUCGGCGGAAGGAAUUCGAUCAGGCCAUCCAGGUGCUGAAGAAGUUCGAGCGGAAGGAGCCCUCCUUGAUGGCUUGUGCUGCCACGAACUUGUCCUUCCUGUAUUUCUUGGAGGCGGAGCACACGCAAGCAGAGAAGUACGCGGACAUUGCAGUGAAGGCAGACCGAUACAACGCUCGAGCGCUCGUGAACAAGGGCAACUGCAUGUUCAUGAAUGACGAGUUCGAGCGUGCGAAAGAGGUGUACCUAGAAGCCAUAGGAGUCAGUGCUGACUGCCUGGAGGCGAUCUAUAAUCUCGGCUUGGUCAACAUGCACAUUGGCAAGUACCAGGAAGCCCUCUUGGCCUUUGACAAGCUCCACUCCAUCACCCACGUGAAUUGCGAAGUGAUGUGGCAGCUUGGCGACAUCCACGAGAAGCUUGGGAAUCAUGCCAAGGCUCACGAGUGGUUCUCGCUUUUGGUCACGUCGCCGAAGGGGCGGCCAACAGAUCCAGGUGUUUUGGCACGCCUCGCCAACCUCUUCAACAAAGCGGGAGACGAGACGCAGGCGUUUCACUACCACCUGGAGUCCUACAGGUACUGGCCGGUAGACAUGAACGUCAUCACCUGGCUCGGCAUUUACUACGUCAAGCAGGAGAUGUACGAGGCAGCGAUCCCCUUCUUCUCUAGGGCGUCUCAGAUCGAGCCAAACGAGGUGAAGUGGAGGCUCAUGGUUGCAUCUUGCUACCGGCGGAUGGGUGCAUACCCAGCUGCCCUGAAGCUCUACGAGGAUAUCCACAGAUCGCACCCGAAUGACAUCGAGUGCGUCAGGUACCUCAUAACCAUUUGCAAGGAGAUGAAGCAGAAGUACGACCACUACGCAGCUCACCUUCGAAAACUGGAGAGAUUGCAGGCAGCGAACGAGCAGCCGGGACGGAACAUGGGCACAGUUUCGGCCAUCGGACAGGGAGGUCUUGAGGACAGCCCCCGCGGCGAUAGCGGCGACAUGGGUGGCUUCGGUGGGUCUCGAGGCCGUUUCGACCAUGACGAGGAUGAUCCGCCACCUCCUCCCGAGGCUCCAAGGCCGCCUGUGGAGCUCUACGAAGCCGAGGCAGAUCUGCCAGCCAAAGCUGCUCCGAAACGUCGGCUUGCGGCCCCCAAAGCGACCGACGACGAUGAUGAUUGGGGCAACGAUGACCUCGGAGACGUCCUGCCUCCGAUGUGA